CCAGUACCAUUCAAGCACAGUCGAAAACCACCAGUCCAAGUCAAAAGUUAAAGUUGCACUUUGCAUGAUAUAUCUAACCCCCAGGGGUACUCAUGGAGUAAUCCCAUCCCCGUCACUAUUCGAUUCUCCUCCUCGAUCUUUGCUCCAUCUAAUUUAGGGUUCUUGUGUUUCCGUGCAUGCUUUCAUUGUCUAUGAUUUUCUAGCUGUAGGGUACUCGACAUAAAUAUCAAUGAGGAAACCUUGCUGUGACAAGGAAGAGACUAACAAAGGAGCAUGGACCCGGGAGGAAGACCAGAAACUCAUUGAUUACAUCCUAAAACAUGGUGAAGGUUGCUGGCGUUCACUUCCUAAGGCUGCUGGGUUGCCUCGUUGUGGUAAGAGUUGCAGACUGAGAUAUAUAAAUUAUCUAAGGCCAGGUCUUAAACGCGGCAACUUUGGUGAAGAUGAGGAGGACUUGAUCAUCAGGCUUCAUACACUUCUAGGGAACAGAUGGUCUCUGAUAGCCGGAAGAUUACCGGGAAGGACAGACAACGAGGUAAAGAACCACUGGAAUUCUCAUAUAAGGAAAAAGUUAAUACAAAAGGGAAUUGAUCCCAAUAAACCACAUAAUUAUCAGCUGGCACGGAGAGAAAUUUCUUGUGGUAGUAGUACUACUGCAAAACCGAAGUUCCUGUCCUCCAAGGAUCAGGUAUCUAAGCUGCCAGACUUGAAUCUUGAUCUUACCCUAAGCACUCCAAGCACUCGUGUGGAAGAGAGCAAAGCAUAGAAAACUUGAAAAUUAACUGAAGUUCCUGGCCUCCGAUCCACCGCCUUCUCUAUCAAAACAUUACAUAUAUAUAUAUAUAUAUGUUCACUUGGUGCUAGAGAUCUCUAGCACCAAGUGAUCAGUGAUCUGGAGACUAGCUAGAAUAUUAACAAUAUCAGUUGCUUAUCUCACGUAUUUUGACAGUGGAGUUAUAGCAUCAUGAUGAGAAAGAGCCUAUAUAUGGCGAGAGAUUGCAUGUAUUUUCUUAGUUUCUCUCUCUAUCUAUAUGCCCAUUAUACCUACUAAUUAGUUUAAAUGUAUGCAGCUUUGAACUGGGAAAAUAUGUAUUUAAUUGCAGUUU